AUGGAUACUACAAUGCUGGACGCAGACUCCGACGGAGAGUAUGAAUAUGAAUACAGUAACACAGAGACUGAGAGCUUCUACCUCAACCUGGACUUGACCGCCCACCAUGGUGCAGUGCGCCCACCACGACGUCGCCCAGGACAAAAGGCAGCUUUAGAAGACCCUCAUAAUGAUGGAGAUGACAAUAAUGAUAAUAGCCGAGGCCUUCAUCGCGAAGACGAAGCUUCUCCCCCAAUCGAGAGCGCCGAGACGGGCAGCCUUCCGAACGAACGGAUCCAGAUUCUCGAUCUCCACACCACCAACCCAAUCAUAUCAUACUACAAUCAACUGUUUAGUUGCACCUGGGCUGAUCAGAUUGGCACUGAGCUAGUCUUCGCCAGUCCAGACACUGCACCCAAAACGGACGAGAACGAGAACACCACUCCACCCCUACAUAGCGGACCCUCCUACGAACUCUUGGCCGCCAACAGCGUCAAGAUCCUCGGUCGCAAGGCACAGCUCGCCCCAAACACCGGACCUGGUCCGGUGCAAGACCCGAACACUGGGACGUCAGCCACAGCAUCAACCGCCGAAACCCCGGCUUUUGGCUCUGAGGCGCCCCGUCGUCCCAACGCCCCAUCGCACCAGGCGCAGUUUCUCAACAAGCUGCAGCAGAUCAAGGCUGCCAAGGGAGAGACUGACACCGUUCGCACCAUCAUGAGCACCAAACGCCACGUCAAUAUAGACAGGUUGCAGGGCUGGGCUCGCACUGAGGCGCAGCUUGCUGAGAUUGAGCGGUUAAAUGAACGUGCUGCGAGAGGAGAUACAGAGGCGCAGGCCAUCCUUGAGUUGUUGAUCCAGGAGCUCAACCAAGAGUCCAAUGCUCCUGAGUCGGAGCCGGAGUCUGAUUCUGACUUGGACUCUGACCUCGCGUCUCAAAGUGAUGAUCUCAUCGCUUGA